CUGGGACGCGGGGCCACACCUGGGCGCCGCCACCGGGUGCCCGGCGCGCCCGCAUGGGCCCGCGCUGAGGGCCCCGACCGAGUUCAGCGCGGGGAGUCGACGUCCACCCGCUCGGGGGGGGGGGUUAGACCUGGGGGGGCUAGUGCCCCCCAAACUCGGAUCGGAUCCAACCAGAGUGAGGCGGCGCCAUGGAGCUCCGGGCUCUGCUCUGCUGGGCUUCGCUUGUAGCCGCUUUAGAAGAGACCCUACUGAACACAAAAUUGGAAACUGCCGAUCUGAAGUGGGUGACAUUCCCUCAGGUGGAGGGACAGUGGGAGGAGCUGAGCGGCCUGGAUGAGGAACAGCACAGCGUUCGGACCUACGAGGUGUGUGACGUGCAGCGGGCGCCGGGCCUGGCCCACUGGCUGCGCACGGGCUGGGUGCCCCGCCGGGGCGCCGUGCACGUGUACGCCACGCUGCGCUUCACCAUGCUGGAGUGCCUCUCCCUGCCGCGGGCUGGCCGCUCCUGCAAGGAGACCUUCACUGUCUUCUACUUUGAGAGCGACGCGGACACGGCCACGGCCCACACGCCAGCCUGGAUGGAGAACCCCUACAUCAAGGUGGACACAGUGGCUGCUGAGCACCUGACCCGGAAGCGGCCCGGGGCCGAGGCCACCGGGAAGGUGAACGUCAAGACGCUGCGCCUGGGCCCGCUCACCAAGGCCGGCUUCUAUCUGGCCUUCCAGGACCAGGGCGCCUGCAUGGCCCUGCUGUCCCUGCACCUCUUCUAUAAGAAGUGCGCCCAGCUGACCGUGAACCUCACCUGCUUCCCGGAGACCGUGCCUCGUGAGCUGGUGGUGCCCGUGGCGGGGAGCUGCGUGGCCGACGCCGUGCCCGCCCCUGGCCCCAGCCCGAGCCUCUACUGCCGGGAGGAUGGCCAGUGGGCCGAGCAGCCGGUCACGGGCUGCAGCUGCGCUCCAGGCUUUGAGGCCGCCGAGGGGAACACCAGGUGCCGAGCCUGUGCUCAGGGUACCUUCAAGCCCCUGUCUGGGGAGGGGUCCUGCCAGCCGUGCCCAGCCAACAGCCACUCCAACACCAUUGGCUCACCCGUCUGCCAGUGUCGCAUCGGGUACUUCCGGGCCCGCACAGACCCCCGAGGUGCACCCUGUACCACCCCUCCAUCCGCCCCGAGAAGCGUGGUUCCCCGCCUGAACGGCUCCUCCCUGCGCCUGGAAUGGAGUGCCCCCCUCGAGUCGGGAGGCCGAGAGGACCUCACCUACGCGCUCCGGUGCAGGGAGUGCCGCCCCGGCGGCUCCUGCACGCCCUGUGGGGGAGACCUGACCUUCGACCCCGGCCCCCGGGACCUGGUGGAGCCCUGGGUGGCCAUUCGUGGGUUGCGUCCUGACUUCACCUAUACCUUCGAGGUCACCGCCGUGAACGGGGUGUCCUCCUUAGCCAGCGGUCCAGUUCCAUUUGAGGCUGUGAAUGUCACCACUGACCGUGAGGUGCCGCCUCCAGUGUCCGACAUCAGGGUGACUCGGUCGUCACCCAGCAGCUUGAGCCUGGCAUGGGCUGUUCCCCGGGUACCCAGCGGGGCAGUGCUAGACUACGAGGUCAAGUAUCACGAGAAGGGCGCAGAGGGCCCCAGCAGCGUGCGGUUCCUGAAGACAUCGGAGAACCGGGCAGAGCUGCGGGGACUGAAGCGGGGAGCCAGCUACCUGGUCCAGGUGCGGGCACGCUCCGAGGCUGGCUACGGGCCCUUCGGCCAGGAGCACCACAGCCAGACCCAGCUGGACGAGAAUGAGAGCUGGCGGGAGCAGCUGGCCCUGAUUGCUGGCACGGCGGUCGUGGGCGUGGUGCUGGUCCUCGUGGUCAUCGUCAUCGCUGUUCUUUGCCUCAGGAAGCAGAGCAACGGGAGAGAAGCUGAAUACUCAGACAAACAUGGACAGUAUCUCAUCGGGCACGGUACUAAGGUCUACAUUGACCCCUUCACUUACGAAGACCCCAAUGAGGCUGUGAGGGAAUUUGCAAAAGAGAUCGACGUCUCCUAUGUCAAGAUUGAAGAGGUGAUUGGUGCAGGCGAGUUUGGGGAGGUGUGCCGGGGGCGGCUGAAGGCCCCCGGGAAGAAGGAGAGCUGCGUGGCCAUCAAGACCUUGAAGGGCGGCUACACGGAGAGGCAGCGGCGGGAGUUCCUGAGCGAGGCCUCCAUCAUGGGCCAGUUCGAGCACCCCAACAUCAUCCGCCUGGAGGGCGUGGUCACCAACAGCGUACCCGUCAUGAUUCUCACCGAGUUCAUGGAGAACGGCGCCCUGGACUCCUUCCUGAGGCUGAACGACGGCCAGUUCACCGUCAUCCAGCUCGUGGGCAUGCUGCGGGGCAUCGCUUCGGGCAUGCGGUACCUUGCCGAGAUGAGCUACGUCCACCGAGACCUGGCUGCCCGCAACAUCCUGGUCAACAGCAACCUCGUCUGCAAGGUUUCAGACUUUGGCCUCUCCCGAUUCCUGGAGGAGAACUCUUCCGAUCCCACCUACACGAGCUCUCUGGGAGGAAAGAUUCCCAUCCGAUGGACAGCCCCUGAGGCCAUUGCGUUCCGGAAGUUCACAUCUGCCAGCGAUGCCUGGAGCUAUGGCAUUGUGAUGUGGGAGGUCAUGUCAUUUGGGGAACGGCCAUACUGGGAUAUGAGCAAUCAGGAUGUGAUCAAUGCCAUCGAACAGGACUACCGGUUGCCCCCGCCCCCAGACUGCCCCACCUCCCUGCACCAGCUUAUGCUGGACUGUUGGCAAAAAGACCGGAACGCGCGGCCCCGCUUCCCCCAGGUGGUCAGUGCCCUCGACAAGAUGAUCCGGAACCCUGCCAGCCUCAAAAUCGUGGCCCGCGAGAAUGGCGGGGCCUCACACCCCCUCCUGGAUCAGCGGCAGCCUCACUACUCGGCUUUUGGCUCUGUGGGUGAGUGGCUUCGAGCCAUCAAGAUGGGAAGAUACGAAGAAAGUUUUGCAGCCGCUGGGUUUGGCUCCUUCGAGCUGGUCAGCCAGAUCUCCACUGAGGACCUGCUCCGAAUCGGAGUCACUCUGGCGGGGCAUCAGAAAAAAAUCCUGGCCAGUGUCCAGCACAUGAAGUCCCAGGCCAAGCCUGGAGCCUCGGGAGGGUCGGGAGCACCAGCGCCCCAGUACUGACCUGCGCCUCCUCGCCUGGCCCCCCAGCUCUGGAGUAGCAGGGACUCCCAUGCUGGGGACACCGCUCCCUUUAUUCCUGGGGCAGAAUCGGGUGGGGACCCACGAGGCUCCCAUCCCCGGGCCCCACUGGAUUGCACUUUGAACCCAUGGGGGCGGGGAGCUGGCAAUUUGGAGAGACGGGAUUUGGGGAUUCUGCCGAAUGGGAGUGUAGAAAUCAGACGCUCCCCAAGAGGGGAACCCCAAACUGAGGGUGUGGGAGCCCUCCUCUCGGGAUUGGGUCUGACCAGAGGAAAAGAAGUUCCCGGAAUCUGCCAACAUCCCGGGGGUGGUUGGGCACCAUCCGCACGGCCUCCCUCUGAUCCCCAGUUAGAGCCCCCAGGUGCCCCUCCUCACCUUGAAGGGCAGCGACCCUGCAGACCAAAGAGAAGGGGGGGACUAGCCUGCGAGUCGUGAGGCAGGAAGGGGCGUCAUGGCCCAGUGACAAAAUCAUUGGACUUGCAUGUCCCAACCUUGCUGCUGUCUCCGCCGAAUUCGGUUUUCCCUUGUAAAUGCCCCUCCCCCAUCUGCUGCCUUCAUAUUGAAGGUUUUUGAGUUUUAUUUUUUGUUUUCGGUCUUAUUUUUCCUUCCCUUUUUUUUUUUUUUUUUUUUUUUUUUUUUUUACCGUCCUUGUAACUUUUUGUGUUAGAGGGGACCUGUUUACCGCCUCCUUUGCCCAAGUUGAAACGGGGACCCAUCGUUAUGUGUUUCCAGAACAGUGCCUUGGUCACGCCACAACCCCAGACAUUUCCCUGCCCCCCCAAGUACCCCUAAGCUGUGUCCAUGAGGGGGUGUGGGGGGCAGUGGUGGUAGAAACAAGAGACAGACACUGGUGCUUGGAGGGGUUCUUAAAUUAUAUUUAAAACAAUUGUUUUGUAUUAAUAAAAAAAAAUGGGAAGUGUCCUGGCUCUGGGGAUGAUUGGGAGCAGGGGUGGGUGGGGAGAUAGACUUCUGUGGCGGGUGGGGACUGGUGUGAAGUAGCUUUUGAGCCAGGCUGAGAGGGGUCAGCGGUCUGGCGACCGGGCUGGGUGCUUGUUCCCAGCCCCACGGUGUGUUUGAGGUGGCAGGGUGGGGGCAGUGGAAGAUGAGUCAUCGGCAGCUGCUUCUAACGGCUCCAGAUGGCUCUGCCAAUAGCCUGGGGCACCUCCGGGAUGGGGUUGCCCUCCCUCCCCUGCCCUGGUUCCCUAGCCCUGGCAGGGGGCUUUGUGAGGCAGGGGAGGCCUUGAGCUCAGCCCUGCCCUACAGCCCCCUGAAGGGGGGAGGGGGGAAUCUGGGGUGGAGGUCCAGUCACAUGAAAGAGACAGAUGUGGGCCAGAUGUUGACAGCUGGGGUUGGUUUAGAGGCAAUGUGGGGCGAGUGUCUGCAUCGGCUGUGGAGGAGGGGCAGAGGCUAGAGUGGAGGACUUGGGCCCCCCACAAGUACACACAC